UACGAUCAAGAAGUCGUCGAGUUUUUCAACACCAUUUCUUACCUUGGUGGUAAACGUACCACUUGUUUCAUUCGAGGUCCAAUGAACUUAGGUGAUGGCCGUAACAGCCAUGCAACUUUAAUAAAGAGAAUAAUGAACCUUGGAGGACCUUCUGAAACCGUUUGUGCCAAAUAUCAGGCGGGGUACAGACCAGACUCGGGGAUCAUCAAACCCUUGACCCUUGGACAUAUUGAGCUUCUAAAAAAUUCUCAAGCUAAGACUCUUAUUGAAACAUCAAAGCUCACUGUAUUUCCCUGUGCCCUAGUCAACGAUGGGACAGCUCUGAAACUGGCAAUCGAAUUUAAUUCUCGACUGAAAGAAAAUGUUGGAUUGAAAACAACAGUAGACAUAAUUUACUAUGUUAAAGCCAAUCCUUCACCCUCCCCGGAGUUUCUACGAGAGAACAUUGUUACAGAAGCAACUGUCUCGUCACUAACAUCAUUAGACAACUUCUGCUCUCUACCUGUUGCUAUAGACUACACUACUUAGAGAGCAAAAACGGGAGAAGCUGUGGCCGAGUUAUUUGAAAAUCACAUCAAAACUCUCCAAGCAUGUGAAGCAUGCCAAAAGACCUGA